GACCUCACCCCCGCGUCAUCCGUCACCGUCGCUGCAGAGACGAGUCGUUAGUAGACGAUAAUAUUGACCGAGCUGUAACGUCGCUGUUCCUGUAACACCGUGCAGAGCCGAUGGCGGAGCAGAACACGGAGGCCAAGCUGAAGACGCUGCUGAAGCAGCAGAAGGUGCAGCUGUGGAACCGUCCGUACACGGCCGACGAUGAGCAGCCGGGACAGGAGCACAUGCAGGAGCUGGCGCUGCGUUACGCCCCCCUGGUGGGGCUGCCGGUGGAGGAGGUGGGCGUCGCCCUGGAGACCAUCCGAGCCCAGGCGGUGAAGAGGGGGAACCGGAACAGGGUGUUCAGGGAGACCGGUGUGGCCACGCUGGAGCUGCUGCUGCCCCGAGACGGAAACCAGGGGAAGAGGCUGAGGAGCUCCCUGGAGACCCGGCUGGACGUGGCGGUGCAGCAGGUGCUGGACAGGAUCGGGGAGCAGCUGGGCUACAGACACAUCAAGCUGAUCCUGAACGGCAGGACUCUGACUGCAGACCGGCCCCUGGACCAGCAGGGGGUGAAGAACCACAGUAAGAUCAUGGUGCUGAAGGGGAGCGACGCCGAGCUGCUGGCCCGGGAGGAGGAGGAGAGGAGGAACCAGAGCGAGAGCCUGCAGAGGACCCAGAAGGGCUUCCAGAUCCUGUCAGAGAGAGACGGCAGCGAGGACCCGGACUCCAGCCCCUACCUGGAGAUAGCAGACCAGAAGGGGAACCCGCUGAGGAUCCCCCACACGGAGAAGAAGGCUCUGAUCCUGGCCAUGGGCUUCCACGAGAAAGGCCGCUCUCUGAUGAAGAGGAGGCAGUACGACAACGCGCUGAGUCACCUGCUGCAGGCCGACCAGCAGUUCAGUCAGUGCGGCUCGGCUCUGCUCAGCUCCGUGGACAACUACGCCGUCCUUCAGCUGGACGUGGUGUGGUGUUACAGAUCCCUGGAGGCGCUGUCCUGCCUGGAGGACAGCAGGACCCGGCUGCAGAGAGCCGAGGAAGGUUUCCUGCAGUGUUAUGGAGAACAUCAGCAGCGGCUGCUCAUGAUCAAGGGUAACACGGGCAGGGAGGAUGCUCUGUUCCUCCGUCUGUACCUCCUCCAGACCCUGCUCUCCUACAUCGAAGGAAACGACUCUCAGGCGCGCCUGCAGCUGUCCAAAGUGGAGACGCUGUACGGCCGGCUCUGUCCGGACUCAGAGAAGAUGUCUCAGCUGAUGGCUCUGGGCUUCACGGAGAGAGAAGCUCGGCUGGGGCUCCGGGCGUGUCAGGGAGACCUGCAGGAGGCCGCCAUGCACAUCAGCAACCGCCGACAGGAGCGGCAGGAGCUGACCCAGAGGGAGAGGCAGAAGAAGAGGACCAGGAUGGAGGCCAUCUCCACCCUGAUGGAGCUGGGAUUCUCCAGGAGAGAGGCAGCUGCAGCUCUGCACCACGCUGGCGGAGAUGUGGACAAGGCUUACCACAUCCUCCUGGACUCCAGCCAGGCGGCUCAGACCUCCAGCAGCCUCGGAGACGGGGCCGUCGCCCCGGAGAUGGUGGAGCAGCUGCUGUAUCUGGGCUUCGACCAGGCCUCGGCUGAAGCCGCCCUCCAGCUGACCGAUGGAGACGUCCAGUCUGCCACUCAGCUGCUGCUGGACAACCAGGGCGUCCUCUCCCCGGAGCUGCUGUCCCCCCCGUCCACCUCCUCCACGUCCUCCUCCCCCUCCUCCGAGGAGCCCAGCACCUCCUCCUCGGCCUCAGCAGGUGUGAGGAUGGAAAGAAAGAAGAGAGGAAGAGAGAGAGAGAAUCAGGACAGACAGGGGAAGCCAACAGAGGACAACGAGCUGGUGAACGAGGUGCUGGAAGACAUCCCCCGCCACGAGGAGGACUAUCUGGACCUGACGCUGGAGGAGGAGAGCGAGCUCAUCUCCACGCUGAAGACCUACCUGGAACGAAGGCCCACGCACACGGGCUAGUCACCUGUGAGCUCUCUGAGAAGACCAGCAGCUCCACCACGCUCUGCACUUUAGACCCUGAAACUACAGCUCAGGACUGAGUCUCCUGAAGCGCUGCAUCAUCCUCACACACACUCCUCACCAAAAUCUUAAGACCAGUUCAGAAAUAGCAAGAAUCUGCAUUUCUGAACUGGAGAUUUAGAUGCAGAGUGUGUGCAGAAGGAAGAGUAGUCCCACACAGAAGCCCACAAACAUGACCCAGCAAAUUUAAUCUAACUAAAGAUGGAUCAAGAACAUACGGAAGAGUAUUAGGGCCAUGCACUUUGAGAAAAAAGUCAAAAUGUCGAGAAAAAAGACGAAAUGUUGAGGUUAAUGUUGAAAUACAAUUUCAAGAAUAAAGUCAAAAUUUCGUGUAUAAAGUCGAAAUUUCGUGAAUAAAGUCGGAAUUUCCAGAAUAAAGUUGAAAUACAUUUCGACUUUUUCUCGAAAUUGUAUUUCAACAUUAUUCUUGACAUUUCGACUUUUUUCUCAACAUUUAGACUUUUUUCUCGAAAUUGUACUUCGACAUUAAUCUCAACAUUUUGACUUUUUUCAAAACAUUUCGACUUUUUCUCAACAUUUCGACUUAUUUCUCGAAAUUGUACUUCGACAUUGAUCUCAACAUUUCGACUUUUUUCUCGACAUUUCGACUUUUUUCUCAACAUUUCGACUUUUUUCUCGAAGUGCAUAAGGAAAAAAAAACCUUCCUCCUCUAAAAUAUUAUUUUUAUUUUUCUCCUGCCUGGCCCUGAUACUCUUCCGUAAGAACAUGAUAGCAGCAGUGGACGAGGAGUCUGCAGGUGGACUCCAGGUGAAGUGCCAAACGGAACAUUACGAUGCCUCAGAAGAGGUCUCUUCACCAACAUGUUGGUGUGGAACUCCGCAGCCGUGGUUCGUUUGAAUUUAAAGUAAAAAAGGCCCUUGUUCAGCUUCUCCAGUCUGACAGAAGCCGUUUUUCUCUGCGUUUCCAAGGCAACAGCUUUCCUUUGAGCUGAGCCUUUGACUGGCCAGUUCCUGAUGAACCAAAAUAGUUGUUUCUUUUGUAUCAACUGAUGCUAGUGGAGCCAAUAAAAACCGUUUGUUUGUGUAAGA